UUUCCCAUUUUGUGAUUUUAGCUUAAGUUAGGGUGUUAGUAAUGCGUAUAAAUUGUAAAAUAUUAACUUUUAGUUAGGAAAUCGAAAUCGCUGCAGCAAAUUUCAUUUACCGGAAAAGACGUCAUAGGUCUUUAAGUUCGCGAUCCACGUCCUUUACGAGUCCUUUCAACAGUCGGCGAGCGGAACAUUCGGAGAUAGGUCGUUUCAAAGUGGUUUGGCUGGAAUAAAUUGGAAGAAACCGUCGCAAAUUUCAAAUUCAAGUUUCAUUUCUAUAUUUUCUUCAACUUUGCACUAGGAAAAUGCCUUUCAACCCAACAGAUUUUGCCAAAGAUUUGGCUAUCGGUGGAACCGCCGCUGCCAUUUCAAAAACAAUCGUCGCUCCAAUUGAGAGAGUAAAGCUUUUGCUUCAGGUCCAACAUGCAUCAACUCAAAUCACAGCUGAAAACCAGUACAAAGGUAUCGUUGAUGCUUUUGUCAGAAUUCCCAAAGAACAAGGAUUCAUUUCAUUCUGGAGAGGAAAUAUGGCCAAUGUCAUCAGAUAUUUCCCCACACAGGCCUUGAAUUUCGCUUUCAAAGAUACCUACAAGAAAGUCUUCUUGUCCGGUGUUGACAAGCGCACACAGUUCUGGCGUUAUUUCCUCGGAAACCUUGCCUCUGGUGGAGCCGCUGGUGCAACCGGUCUGUGCUUUGUCUACCCCCUCGAUUUUGCUCGAACCCGUCUUGCUGCUGACGUAGGAAGCGGUCAGGCUCGUCAGUUCACUGGUCUCGGCAACUGCAUCGCAACUAUUGCAAAGAAGGAUGGUGUUCGUGGUCUAUACCAGGGAUUCUUUGUCUCUAUUCAGGGCAUCAUUGUAUACAGAGCCUCAUACUUCGGAACCUACGAUACCGUCAAAGGAAUGUUGCCAGAUCCCAAGAACACUCCAAUUAUUGUCAGUUGGAUGAUUGCUCAGACUGUCACAACUGGUGCUGGUAUCAUCUCAUAUCCAUUCGACACCGUCAGACGUCGUAUGAUGAUGCAGUCCGGUAGAUCCAAGGCCGACAUCAUGUACAAGGGAACCUUCGAUUGUUGGAGCAAAAUCUACAAGAAUGAGGGAGGCGGAGCUUUCUUCAAGGGAGCCUUUUCCAAUGUUAUUCGUGGCACAGGGGGCGCUCUUGUGCUCGUACUUUACGAUGAGCUCAAGAAGUUGUUUUUCGGCACCUCUGUCCACGGUUAGAAACUUUGAACUUUCGCUCGGCCAAUAAAAUGUUUCAAAUUAUGAUUCAAUUCCGUUUUUUCUAUUUAUUCGUAAGAACAGUUCUUUUGUCGUCGAUCUUUCGUUCGAGAGUUGCCCCGCGGUUCCGGCCGCGGCGUCCUGUCCUAUCUGUUCCAUGAUUUUACCCCCACCUUUGAAAAUCUAGAAAAUUGUACCUUUUUGGAAUGCUUUUCUUCCUAUGUUUAGAGUUCAAUAAAACUAAAAUAAUUUGUCAA